UCAGACGGGUGACUUAGCAGAUGGGCAGGUCCGUACAGUAACCAUUCCCGCAGGGCAGCAGCGGUGGGAGUGAAGCACUGCUCAGAGCCGCCUGCACCGCUGGAGGAAAGGCUCAUCCAGCAGCUGACUUUAGCUGGCUAACUUGCUGCUAGCUACUGCCCCGAGGCUUAAAAUGUUUACUCUCCGCGCUCUGCAAACUGAACGGGAUGGUCGCAGAGUCGAAGGAUUGUGCCAUGACAUUACAGCGCCGUGUUGUUGAUGCCUCCGAGCCUUGAGUUAUGCUCUCGCGAAAGAAAAGCAAAAACGAAGCGUCGAAACCAGCCGAGGUACACGGGAAAUAUGUGAAGAAGGAAACGUCGCCGCUCCUGAGAAAUCUUAUGCCCUCGUUCAUCCGUCAUGGACCCACUAUUCCCAGACGCACAGAGGUCCCUCUGCCAGACAUGGGCCCCUCUGCCUACCCUGUGGCACCCACCCGGGAUCCUGCGGUGUCCCGCAACAAGAGUUUACUCCGUGCCCCCGUGCAGAGGCCUCCCCAUGAGGUGGCCCGCAGAGAGAGCCACCGCAUGUCAGCACCUCCGUACCUGCCUCGCAGCCUGGGAGACCUGCCCCACGAGUACGGAGGCUCCUCACAGUCCUUCCUCACAGAUGUGAGCCCCAUGUCUGAGAAUGGAGACGCUGCUCGAUAUUAUUACCCCUCUGAACCUUACUAUGACAACCAGCAGCAUCAGCAGCGCCAGCCCAGGAUGGUCCCGGACCGCUUUCCUGAGGACUAUAGAUACUAUGAGCACAAUGAACACAACUUCCAAAGACUUCCACGACAGCACACACCCCCGGCUCCAAGCAGACCGCCUUCAGGCAUAGGUCGAAUACAGGCCAAAUCCCUUGGGAACCUCUCCAGUCUGACAGGAGAGGACCUCCCCCUUCCUGCCGGCUGGACCGUUGACUGGACCAUCCGUGGCAGGAAGUACUACAUCGACCACAACACUAACACUACACACUGGAGCCACCCUCUGGAGAGGGAAGGGCUCCCUCCAGGCUGGGAAAAGGUGGAGUCGGCUGAGUUUGGGGUCUAUUACGUGGAUCACAUCAACAAAAGGGCACAGUAUCGUCACCCCUGUGCCCCGAGUGUGCCUCGCUAUGAUCAGCCUCCUCCAUUACCACCUCCUGUCACCUAUCAGCCGCGUCCUGCAGAGAGGAACCAGCCUGUACUGGUGCCGGCUAACCCGUACCACACCGCUGAGAUCCCAGACUGGCUUCAGGUGUAUGCCCGCGCGCCACUCAAGUAUGACCACAUCUUGAAGUGGGAGUUGUUCCAGCUGGCAGACUUGGACACGUAUCAGGGCAUGCUGAAGCUGCUCUUCAUGAAGGAGCUGGAGCACAUCGUCAAGUCCUACGAGGCGUACCGGCAGGCGCUGCUGUCAGAGGUGGAGGCUCGCAAGCAGCGGCAGCAGUGGUACGCCCAGCAGCCCAACAAGAACUUCAUAGGGAACAUGUGACGCGUUACGUGCAGCGGGGACGUCUCGCUGCCACGCCUCUCUGAGGUUUCCACAGUUUGGGAGCGGUCAAGGGUUUCCUUUGAAAUCGUGAUCGACUCUUAAUUGCCUCUUUACCAAAACACAUCUGUGCCUUCGCUUGAUCCAAAUAUAUCAGCCAGGAAGUCAAGACACACACUGUCAGGAGGCCCCCUUUCGCCAUCAUGUGACACUCGUAAAUUGACACUCAAUUCACGAAUGACCACGUGACUAAAAUAAAAGGAAAAACAAAACUCUCAAUGAAGAAAUAGAACCUAUAAUGUGCUACAUCUGGGGAGGCGGCUUGUGGUGCCAUUGCAGCCGCUGCCCUGAACCCGAGGACUGAAUUUCUGUUUUUAAGACUGAGGAGAACAGAGUCUGAAACACUGCGGAUAUGUGUUGAAAAACAUCCGCAGAUUGUGCCUCUGAAACGCAGCAUUUUUUACAAUGUCUGCUCAUGUCUCGUGUACAGCAGCUACUCCGUCAUUUUUUCCUAUGGGAGAAAAUGACCGGCAGCUCCUUCUCAUGUGUUUCUGUUUGAAAUACUUCAUGACUAUUUUUUCCAUUGCUUUGUUACCCUCAUAAACUGAAACCGCACUCUUGUAAAUUAAACAGAAAGUGUGCCCCCCCCCCCUUUUUUUUGUAUGAAAUAUCCUUUGUAAGACAAUCCACCAAAAGUUUCACAAAUAUUUAAGUUUUGAUAUGAAACACGUCUUUUAUUUAAAGACCUUUUGUUGGCUGAAGCAUCACAUGUGAUGCAGCGGUUUGAGCAUCUCUUGGCUCUUGGCAUUACUGUAAGUCAGGAAUAUUCUUGUGUGUGAGUGUAUAAUGAAACAUAAAUAAGCUACUGGAAGACACAUUAAGUUUGCCAAAUAAGUGCAAUUCAGACUUCUCCUUGUUUCAUCCUUUCUGGAUAUUUCUCGCCUCGGUAAUGCCUUAUGUUUAUGGACUGACGCGCCUCUUCUGUGGAAGAAGUGCAGGUUCUCGGAAGCAUAUUUAACCGAUCACUAAUCAUUCAGCUUACGAUGAUGAUUCACCUUAAGGUGCUCAGAAAUGUUUUUGUUCUUUUUUUUUUUAAUGUUGGAGGUUUGGCCAAAUAAGGUGAGAAACAAACGUUUUAUGACACUAUUGCACUCAAAAUAUACACUUAAAACAGUUUUCAGGUGUUUAAUGCGACACGUGUAUGAGAGUGACAACAGAUUCAGACAUUUCUGAACGUCCUAAAAGGGUGUGUGAUCGUGUGAACAGUGGAAUAGUUUUGUGAAGAGCCUGUCUUCGGCGAGUCCGUCACUAUGCAAGACAGUCUCGCUCACGUCUUUUCAGCACGGGCUCAGCAGUUUGUACAUAUCUGAUAUUGUGUAUUGCAAAUACAGGACAUAAGCAAUAAAGUCUGCAGUGGAGAAAAACACACUCACGACUA